AUGAAAAAAAGACUUUUGAUCUUGUUACUCCUGAUGAAUUACUUCUUUAACUCUGAAGGAAGGUCUCCUGGAGUUGUAAUUAUUGGAGCAGGUGCAUCAGGAGUCGCAGCAGCAUCAAGAUUACUUGAGAAUGGAUUCGACAAUAUUACUAUCCUUGAAGCGGAAAAUCGUAUUGGAGGAAGACUUCAUUCUGUUAAAAUAGGUGGAUAUUUGGUCGACCUUGGAGGUGAAUGGGUUGUAGGAGAAGAAGGUAACGCAGUAUUUGACCUAGCUGAUCCGUUGGGUCUUCUUGAGAAAUGUUCUGGAUAUAAUGCGUGGAAUACAACGGCAAAACUCUUCGGAUCUUCUGGAGAAGAAAUCCCUCGAGAUGUCGCUAGUGGAUUGGUGCAAUAUUUCAAUAAAGUCAUGGAAGAAAUAAAUUCUAAGGAUGAGAGUGAUGAUGUAAAAGCUGAAAACCUUGGUCAAUAUUUCGACCCUAGGCUGGAUAAAUACUUUAAAGAUCAUCCAGAAAUAAGCCCUGACUUACAUGAGCCUUUAAAGUAUUUGCUGAAUUUGUUGGACAAUGUACACGAUGCUGGCAAAAGUUGGUAUGAGGUUUCUGUAAACAGUUUAUUGAAGCUAAUAGCGAUUGAUGGAGAUCAUGCUAUUAAUUGGAAAGAACGAGCUUACAGUAUGCUUUUCGACUUACUUAUGAAAAAAUAUCCGAAUCCGGAAGAAGAAUUACCUGUGAUGGAAAAAACAAAGCUUAAUACGAAAGUUACUGAGAUAAAAUACGAUGAAACUUCCGUAAAAGUGAUGACUGCUGAUGGAGAAGAAUACGAGGCUGACCACGUCAUAGUUACAGUGUCUCUGGGGGUUCUUCAAAAACAUAUGGACACGCUGUUCAAUCCAAAAUUACCUGAGAAGAAAGUUAAUGUUCUAAAGAAUCUUACCUAUGGGCAUAAUGCUAAAAUAAUUAUUUACUAUGAAGAUCCUUGGUGGCUUGAAGACCAAACUUACAUUCGGGGGAUAUACUGGACGGAAGAAGACAGAAAAGAGUUAGAAAAUGAUCCUCUAAGAAAGUGGAUGCUUAGUGUAUCGGUGGGAACGAGGAUCGAGCAUAAACUAAAGUUGCUUAAGACUUGGGUGACUGGAGAAUACGUGACAGAAAUGGAGCUGGUUCCUGAAGAACUGUUCCAAGAACAAAUCAAGGAGCUUAUCCAAAGGUUCUUUGGACAAGCUUACAAUAUCACUGAGCCGACGGAGAUAAUACGGAGUAUGUGGAACACUAAUGAGAACUUUCUUGGUACCUAUCGGACUGCGGGGUUACCUGAGGAUAAUGUUAUUUCUUCUGAAGAAAUAAAACCUAAAAUUGUAAUUAUUGGUGCUGGUGCAUCAGGAAUCGCCGCAGCUUCAAGAUUGCUUCAAAAUGGAUUUAAUAAUAUCACAAUUCUCGAAGCGGAAGAUAGAAUUGGCGGAAGAGUUUAUUCUGUUAAAAUAGGUGAGUACUUGGCUGAUAUUGGGGGAGAAUGGGUCACAGGAGAAAAAGGUAACGUUGUGUAUGAGCUAGCUCAGCCGUUAGGACUUCUUGAGAAAUCUUCUGAAAAUAAUGAGUGGAAUAUAACGAUACGAUUAUUUGGAUCUUCGGGGAAUGAAGUGAGUCGAAAAAUCGCUACUGAAUUGAUAGAAUAUUUUGAAAAUGUCACUAACUCUAUGGAUUCAAGUGUUGAUUUGAAAACUGGAUCUCUUGGGGAAUAUGUCGAGAUUAAGUUAGAUGAAUACUUUAAAAAUCAUCCGGAAAUAAGCGCAGAUUUACAGCAGUCUUUGAAGAAUUUUUUGGAUUUGACGGAUAUGAUUAACGAUGCUGGGAAAAAUUGGCAUGAAAUUUCAGCAAAAGGUUCUUUACAGUACGAAAUAACUGAAGGAGAUCAGGCUAUUAAUUGGAAAGAAAGAACUUACGCAACUAUUUUGGACAUACUUAUGAAAAAAUAUCCGAAUCCGGAAGAAGAAUUACCUGUGAAGAAUAUAACAAAGUUAAAUACAAAAGUUACUGAGAUAAAAUAUGAAGAAACUCCUGUAAAAGUAAUCACUGCUAAUAAAGAAGAAUACUUGGCGGACCAUGUGAUCGUUACGCCAUCUUUAGGAGUUCUUCAGAAGAAUAUCGACAUCAGACUAUUCAAUCCACAAUUACCUGAGAAGAAAUCCAAUGCAAUUAAAAAUCUUUCCUUCGGAGGUGUUGCCAAAAUAAUUCUUUACUAUGAAAAUCCUUGGUGGCUUGAUGACCCAACUUACAUUCGAGCUAUGUACUGGACGGAAGAAGAAAGAAAGAAGUUGGAAAAUGAUCUUCUAAGAAAAUGGAUGCUUAGUGUAUCAGUGGGGAUGAGGAUCGAGCACAAACCGAAGCUACUUCUUCUUUGGGUCUCUGGAAGCUACGUAAAGGAAAUGGAGUCGACUCCUGAAGCAUUGUUCCAAGAACAAGUCAAGGAACUUAUAAAAAAGUUUUUUGGAAAAACUUACAAUAUUACUGAGCCGACGGAGAUAAAACGGAGUAUGUGGAACACUAAUGAGAACUUUCUUGGAACUUAUCGGUCUCCGGGAUUGCCUGAAGAUAAGUUUGAAACUCCUACUGAAGAUUACGCCGAGCCGAUUUUAAUAAAUGAUAAACCUGUAUUGCAAUUCGCUGGAGAAGGUACUAGUGUUCACUGGGGCAUGGUGACUAUUUAGUCGACCUUGGGGCUGAAUGGGUGUGCACGGAGAGAAAGAUAACGUUGCUUUUGAACUCGCCUGGCCAUUAGGACUUCUCGAAAAGUCAACCGAAAACAAAGAAAUUAUUGGGUUCAAUUUUAGAACUCGCUUAUUUGGAUCUUCUGGAGAAGAAAUACCAGAAACUAUCACAGCUCCGCUAGUUGAAAUUCUUGGAGGAAUAGAUUAUUUAAUUGGUGAUUAAUGAUUAUAUUGACAAAUUAAAAACUGGUUCCUUUGGUGAAUUAGCAGUAAUCAAGUUCUACGAAUACGUGUCAAAUUCCAUCCAGAAAUAACUCCUGAUAAAUACGAACCUCUGCUUCAUCUUUUUGAUAUGAUAUAUGCAAAUGGUGUUAGAGGCCGGAGAUACUUGGCAUGAAAUUUCGGCAGUAGGUACAAGAGAUUACGACGAGUGUGAAGGAGAUCAGGCUAUUAAUUGCGAAAAGAACGAACUUAUGCUACUAUUUUGGACAUACUUAUGAAAAAAUAUCCGAAUCCAGAAGAAGAAUUACCUGUGAAGAAUAUAACAAAUUUAAAUACAAAAGUUACUGAGAUAAAAUACGAAGAAACUCCCAUAAAAGUAAUUACUGC